AUGAAUGUCCUCACCGCGGUGGCCUCUCUGGCCUGUGCCUCCCCUCCCAACCAGAUCAGGGAGGAGCUGCUCCGCUACCGCCGGGACUCGCUCAUUCCUUUCGCCGGGCAGGGCCUCUUUGCAGCGUCGCCCGUCCGCGAAGGCGAGUACCUCUUCGAGUACGCCGGUGAGCGGCUCUCCGAGGAGGAAUACUUUGAGCGUUACCGCUCGGGCGAGGGAAGGUACGUCGCCGUGGUGGACACGCUAGCGCUGCUCGGCGAGCCAAUCUACACUGACGCGGCGGACCCGGCUCGAUCCGGCAUCGCGCGGUGGAUGAACAGCCUCCCCGAGGGCGAGUGCAACGUGCGCAAGCGCAAGCAGCGCUUUGGCGGGCAGCGUGGGCGCAUGUUCUUCUACGCGGCGCGGCCCAUCGAGCCGGGCGAGGAGCUGACGUUCGAUUAUGGUGCGGCGUAUUGGGACGCGGUGAGCGCGCAGGCGGCAGAGGUGGAGCCGGAGGAGCCGGCAGCCGAUGCUAGGAGGCUCGAGGGUACCACCUCAGCCAACAGCGGACAAUAG